UCGUCUCCAGCCUCUCCGCGCCAUGCCGGGUCUGUGGUUCGGCCCGUCUUGCCUGCUGCUGCUCUGCUGCUGCCACUCCGCGGCUCUCGGGCAGCCGGACGCCCCGGCCGUGUGCCCGCCUUGCGCGCUUGCCGAGUGCCCCGCGCUGCCGCCCCGGGGCUGCCCGCUGGGCAAGGUGCGCGACGGCUGCGGCUGCUGCUGGCGCUGCGCCCGCGGCGAGGGCGAGGCGUGCGGGCCCGGCGCUGCGGGAGGGGGCGCCGCCACCGCCGCCUGGGGACGCUGCGCGGCCGGCCUGGAGUGCCGCCGUCGAGGCAAAGGCCGGGCGGCCGGGGCGUGCGUCUGCAAGAGUCGCUACCCGGUGUGCGGCAGCGACGGCCUCACGUACCCCAGCCCCUGUCAGCUGCGGGCGGCCAGCCUGCGCGCCGAAAGCCGAGGCGAGCGCCCCGUCGGGCAGCGCAACAAGGGGCCCUGCGAGCAAGGACCAUCCAUUGUGACACCCCCUAAAGACAUCUGGAAUGUCUCCGGGGCUCAGAUUUACCUGAGUUGUGAGGUCAUUGGAGUUCCAACCCCAGUACUCACCUGGAACAAGAUAACAAGGGGACAAUACAGUGUCCAAAGAAUGGAACUUCUGCCAGGAGAUCGGGACAAUUUAGCCAUCCAGACUCGUGGUGGUCCUGAGAAACAUAAAGUGACCGGAUGGGUAUUGAUAUCCCCUUUGACCAAAGACGACAAUGGAGAAUACGAGUGUCAUGCUUCAAACUCUAAGGGAGAGGCCACAGCCUCUGCAAAAAUCACGGUGGUUAAUUCUUUACAUGAAAUACCCACAAUAAAAGGUGAAAGUGCUGAGCUGUGAAAGGUGAAAACAGUAUAUUGCUAUAGAGAGGGAGGCUCUCCCAUCUACGCCAAAUUUAUGUUAAUCUUCUAGAAAACUGCUGUUCUUUCCUAAACCAGUCGUGCCUCUCUAGUCACUCAUUCUUGUACAAUGUUUGCUGAAAUACCAAUAAAGUAUUUGACAAGUGAA